UAGCUCUGAUCCCGCCCAAUGCCUCGUAGAGGCUCCAAGCAACCCUUUCCCGACUCCCUUUAAGGACUGCCCCGGGCCGGUUCCUCCUCCACACCUGCUUCCUUCCCUACCUAUAGGAGGCGAUACUUCGCCUCGCUCAGGGACCCCUUACCUGGCGGUGAUGGGAUUCCAAGGUUAAACUGUGAGAGGAGGUUCCACCCCUUCUCCGCACUUCUUGCUGCUUCCGAUAAGAAGGCCCAGGACCCAGAUCUCCGCCUGCCAUCAGCAGCCGGUCUUUGAUAUGGGUUGCUUGGCAGUGUGAGCCCCCGACCUACCAAGGCAGCUCAAGGGUCGGUGUUUCCGGCGGCUCCCGGGCCGUCAUCAGCCUCCUCGCUUCCUGUUCCGGAACUAUAGUACCAGAGCGCUUGUUUCCCACCCGGCGGAGUGAGGAGGAAGCGGAGAUUAGACUGCGUUUACCACUGGGGAAAGGAAAGGGCCGAGCGCUGCGCACGGCAUUUUGGGAACGCGUGGUAUCCUGGGAGCGCGGGGUCCGCCAUUCGCCUUCCGCGCGCCUUUCCCGUCGUAUCUCUGCUGCUAGUUGCUUGCGCCGAAGAGGAGGAGGAGAAGGAAUAGGAGACCGCAGCCGGUACAAAAAGUCUUAAGAACUCUCUCCCGUCAAGAUGUCUAUUGGUGUGCCGAUUAAAGUCCUGCAUGAGGCGGAGGGCCACAUUGUGACAUGCGAGACAAACACUGGCGAAGUAUAUCGGGGGAAGCUCAUUGAAGCGGAGGACAACAUGAAUUGCCAGAUGUCCAACAUCACAGUCACGUACAGAGAUGGCCGAGUGGCACAGCUGGAACAGGUAUACAUCCGUGGCAGCAAGAUCCGCUUUCUGAUUUUGCCUGACAUGCUGAAAAAUGCACCCAUGUUGAAGAGCAUGAAAAAUAAAAACCAAGGCUCAGGGGCUGGCCGGGGAAAAGCUGCUAUUCUGAAGGCCCAAGUGGCUGCACGAGGAAGAGGACGUGGAAUGGGACGUGGAAACAUCUUCCAGAAGCGAAGAUAACUUUCUCUGUUGAACAGAACUGUCCCUGCGAUUUUUAUUUAGGAUGUCUUGAGUUCAUGGGGCGUGGGCACUUGUGUGUGUGUCUUAGGUUUUCUUUGACAUCUUUCUCUUUAGAUCAGAGGAAAUGUUAAACUAAAUAAAUCUGGUUGUUUUGUUUUUUGGAGAAAA